AUGAUCAACGUACGGAGACUCUUCUCGCUGGCAUUCAUUGGCUCGGCAGCGCCAUAUUUGUACCAAGUAAACGCAGCGACUGCGACUUCCAACAGUCGCUCCGUCAAAAUGAAUCAGCGGCCCCCGCUUUCCUCGUCCCUUGGAAAGGAUUCGGAAGGACCCCGGAAGAUUUAUCGCACUCUCCAGGUCCAAGUGGUACACCGUCACGGUGAUCGUAGUCCGAUUACUCCACUAAAGGACGAGUCUUUCUGGUCCAGCACACUCAUUCCGGAAGCGUUGUUGACAAAGAUUUCAUCGAACACGGCCUUGGUGGAAUCCUCCCAAGCCAAUUUGCACAAAGCCAACGGUCGGGGACCGUUCGGGAAACUUACCGAACUCGGUUUACUCCAAAUGAUUCAGGUCGGAUCUACGCUGCGAGAAAAAUUCGUAGCAAAGGAUGAAGACGAUUACUUUAUAGACAAAGACGGCAAUCGACACUAUCCGCAUGCUUGGAAGCCGUCACGUCCCCUAUGUCCGGACAACAUUCGUGUCUUUUCCACAAACUUUUCCCGGACGAUUCAAUCGGUUCAAGGUCUACUCGUGGGUUUGUUUCCCGACGGCACGGAGCACGCUAUAUCGAUUGAUGUCCGUAAUACCAACUGGAUGCUUCCGGAUCCACAACCCCGUCGAUCCCAAGAACAGGAGCUCCUCGAGGAUCGGCUCGCAAUGCGGGACUACAUUGUCGAGCGUGAACGCCAAAUGGCACCGUUAGCGGCUCGUGUUACGCAAGUACUACACAAUCUGCUCGCAUCCGACGCCCGUGAAGUCUCCUUCGGAGUCGCUCAGGAACACGCGGGAGAAAGCUCCAUCGAAACGGAACCGCUGGCAUGGAACCAGUUGGCAGAAAUAACUACGUGUUUGGCCGUACGCAAUCGACUCCCCUUGGGAAUUACCAAGGAAGAUCAAGAAGCCAUUAGUAAGCAUGUAGCAUGGCGAUGGUUCGAAAAUCUCAAAGAGCCGCAUUUGGCUUACCUUUCGAUGAAUCGAUUCGUAUCCCAGCAACUUUCGUAUUUCCAAAAAUUUACGUCGGAGCCGCCGGUAACAAUUUGGAGUGCCCACGAUUCGACCUUGAUUGGUUUGCUGUGCGCUUAUCGACUGGAAAUGCCGGCAACCUGGCCCGAUUACGCUAGCUACCUUGUCAUGGAAUUGAUUGAGGUCGAUGACCAUGACUCGAAGGAACAAUUCGUUCGUUUUUCGCUCAACGGUGAAGUUUUGUCUUCCAAUUGGGGUGAGUCGCUCGAAAUGAUCCCAUUAGAUGUACUUGUAGAAAAAAUUCAAACCGAAGGAAGCACAGCAACGUCUUGCGUCUCGGACAGCGAGGCACCGGAGUAGUGAGUUUCGGCACUCAACGGAAUAAGUUUUGGGGCCGGACUUGAACGAGUCUAACGUUUCUAGGAGUAGGUGGUCUCGAAGCGAC